UUUGUUGCAUAUUCCAGAAUCUAAAAGACGUUAAUAUCCAAACACUCCCGCUUUAUGCCUAUAUAUAUAUUAUUUAUGUCAUAUUUUCCGUUUUAACUUUCUCAUCUUCCAGUUUCCGCUACUGCCUGUGAAAAGCUUUAAAGCGCUCCUCGACUUUUCUCUCUGUGUCUCUCUUCCCCCGUUCUUGUCGCUUCCAUUCUCUAAUCAGAGUCAGCUCUGGUAUUGCUCCUCGCUGUUUUUUCCUUCUUCUAGAUCCCUCGCUUGUGCAUGUGUGCGGGUGUGUACCGCGUAUUUAAGCUGGAAUUGAUAAGUUAAAAGUGGAUUUGGAUUCUGAUUCUGCGUUUCUGGAGGGAAAGAUAGAAAGAGAGCUUUCUAGAGAGUGAUAGAGACAUGAACUUGGAAAUAAGUGAUUUCGUAAAGAAGAUAAAGAUUGGAGUCUGCGUGAUGGAAAAGAAGGUGAAAUGCGGACUUGAGGUAUUUUCGGCACCGAUGGAACAGAUUCUAGAGAGGUUACAGGCAUUCGGUGAAUUUGAGAUCAUAUACUUUGGGGACAAGGUCAUUCUUGAAGAACCAAUUGAGAGAUGGCCAAUAUGCGAUUGUUUGAUUUCCUUCUAUUCCACUGGCUAUCCCCUUGAAAAGGCGGAGGCAUAUGCUGCUCUAAGGAAGCCUUUUCUAGUAAAUAAAUUGGAGCUGCAGUACCUUCUUCAUGACCGAAGGAAGGUAUACGAGUGUCUUGAAAUGCAUGGAAUCCCUGUUCCAAGAUAUGCCUUCGUAAAUAGAGAAGUACCAUAUCAAGAGCUGGAUUAUUUUGUUGAGGAAGAUGAUUUUGUUGAGGUUCAUGGAAAUCGUUUUUGGAAGCCAUUUGUGGAAAAGCCUAUUGAUGGGGAUGAUCAUAGUAUUAUGAUAUAUUACCCAAGCUCAGCAGGUGGAGGUAUGAAGGAAUUAUUUAGGAAGGUUGGUAAUCGUUCCAGUGAGUUUCAUCCAGAGGUCAGAAAAGUGAGGCGUGAAGGCUCUUAUAUAUAUGAGGAAUUUAAGCCCACUGGAGGAACAGACGUCAAGGUGUAUACCGUUGGCCCUGAGUAUGCACAUGCUGAGGCAAGGAAAUCUCCAGUUGUUGACGGUGUUGUUAUGAGAAAUCCAGAUGGCAAGGAAGUGAGGUAUCCUGUGUUGCUGACACCAACUGAGAAGCAAAUGGCAAGAGGUGUUUACAAUGCAUUUAAGCAAGCGGUUUGCGGGUUUGAUCUCUUGCGUUCUGAUGGGCAUUCAUAUGUUUGUGAUGUGAAUGGGUGGAGCUUUGUGAAAAACUCUUACAAGUAUUAUGAUGAUGCUGCUUGUGUGUUAAGGAAGAUGUUUUUAGAUGAAAAAGCUCCUCAUCUUUCUUCAGUGAUUCCACCAACUUUACCUUGGAAACUCAAUGAAUCAGUCCAGCCUUCUGAGGGAUUAACUCGUCAGGGAAGUGGAAUUAUUGGCACAUUCGGGCAGUCUGAGGAACUACGUUGUGUAAUCGCCGUUAUUCGUCAUGGUGAUAGGACUCCUAAACAAAAGGUAAAGUUGAAGGUUACUGAGGAAAAGCUGUUAAGCUUGAUGUUAAAAUACAAUGGGGGACGACCAAGAUGUGAGACAAAACUUAAAAGUGCCAUUCAGUUGCAAGAUUUGUUGGAUGCUACACGAAUGCUUGUACCUCGUACUAGACCAGGUCGAGAGAGUGACAGUGAAACAGAAGACUUCGAGCAUGCAGAAAAGCUUCGCCAAGUCAAAGCAGUGCUUGAGGAGGGUGGACAUUUUUCUGGUAUUUAUAGGAAGGUUCAACUAAAGCCAUUGAAGUGGGUUAAAGUUGCAAGAAGCAAUGGUGAAGGGGAAGAAGAACAACCCGUGGAAGCUCUCAUGGUCCUUAAAUAUGGGGGUGUUCUUACACAUGCUGGCAGAAAGCAGGCUGAAGAAUUGGGAAGAUAUUUCCGAUAUAACAUGUAUCCAGGUGAAGGCACUGGCCUACUUCGCCUCCAUAGUACAUUUCGUCAUGAUCUUAAAAUUUAUAGUUCUGAUGAAGGUCGUGUGCAGAUGUCUGCAGCUGCAUUUGCCAAAGGCCUUCUUGACUUAGAAGGGCAGCUAACCCCAAUCCUGGUUUCACUUGUUAGCAAGGACUCUUCUAUGCUGGAUGGACUUGAAAAUGCCAGUGUUGAGAUGAAAGAGGCCAAGGCUAGGUUGAACAAUAUAAUAACUUCUUGUGCAAAGACAGUCCAAAAUGAUGACUCAUCUGAAUGCCCUUGGAUGGUGGAUGGCGCUGGACUUCCUUCUAAUGCAUCUGAACUUCUUCCCAAAUUGGUGCAAUUGACUAAGAAGGUCACGGAACAAGUAAGGCUACUUGCCAAGGAUGAAGACGAGGAACUUACUGAUGUGAUCCCACCUUAUGACCAAGCAAAGGCACUUGGUAAAACAAACAUUGAUGUUGAUAGCAUUGCUGCUGGGUUACCCUGUGGUAGUGAGGGAUUUCUUUUGAUGUAUGCUCGCUGGAAAAAGCUUGAAAGAGACUUGUAUAAUGAGCGCAGAUUCCGGUAUGAUGUAACACAAAUUCCUGAUGUUUAUGACUCUUGCAAAUAUGAUCUCUUGCACAAUGCACAUCUUAAGCUAGAAGGGUUGGAUGAACUCUUCAAAGUUGCUCAGAUACUUGCUGAUGGUGUCGUCCCAAAUGAGUAUGGAAUUAAUCCAAAUCAGAAGCUGAUGAUUGGCUCAAAGAUUGCUCGCCGUUUGUUGGGUAAAAUUUUGAUUGAUUUGAGGAAUACUUGUGAAGAAGCCAUCAGUGUUACUGACUUAAAGAGUAAUCAAGACCGACUUUCUUCAUCCAAUAAAGCUGAAAAGGAAGACACAGAAUAUAAAUCAAAGCUUUAUAUCAAGAAUGAUGACAUGAGAAGAAAUAGCACCGCAAGUGAUGCAUCAAUGGAUCAGGAUGAUGAUGAUGAUAAAGAGACCCAAUAUCGUUUGGAUGCACAGUACGCAGCAAAUGUCAAUUCACCUGAUCGUCAUGUGCGGACACGCCUUUACUUCACAUCAGAAUCUCAUAUCCAUUCCCUCGUGAAUGUUCUCCGUUACUGUGACCUGGAUGAAUCUUUGCAAGGAGAGGAUAGCCUUCUUUGCCAUAAUACUUUGAAGCGCUUAUAUAAAACCAAGGAGCUUGACUACAUGAGCUACAUUGUGCUGAGGAUGUUUGAGAACACAGAGGUUGCUUUAGAAGACCCCAAAAGAUUCCGCAUAGAGAUGACGUUUAGCCGUGGAGCGGAUCGAUCCCCCUUGGAGAAUAAUGACAGUGAGGCUGCUUCGCUGCACCAGGAGCACACACUGCCAAUAAUGCGUCCAGAAAGGCUGCAAGAAGUGGGAUCAUAUCUCACACUAGAGAAAAUGGAAAAGAUGAUUCGCCCCUUUGCCAUGCCUGCAGAAGAUUUCCCUCCACCAUCAAUCCCUGUAGGAUUCUCUGGCUAUUUCGCAAAAAGUGCAUUGCUUGAGCGUCUGGUAAAUCUUUGGCCUUUCCAUAAGCAUGCAAAUUCUAAUGGAAAGUAACGAGCACCUUCACUUAUAUUUUUGCAUUCCCCGCCCUCUUCCCAUUCAUUCGUUGUUUCAUAUGAUGCAUCCCUGAUAUUUGAAGAACUUUGGUUGGCUGAUCGGGUAGAGUGAGUUUUUGAGCUCCUUCACAGAAAAUAUUGCAAUGGCCUGACAAGUCUCAACAACGAAGGAAUGUUGUUGGAAGUGACCAUCAUAGCUGAAACUGGCAGGCUUUGCUUACAAUUUUUUUUUUUUUUUUUUUUUUGGUAUUUUUCCCUCUUCCAUUGAUGUGAAUAACGGUAGUCAUCAGAGAGUGCUUGCCCAAGGGCCAGGUCUAGAUUGUUAAAGUCGAUAGUGAAAUGUGUUGUAUGUUUGGAUCCUACACCCGGGGAGAAAUUUCUCCAAUAUUCUUGUGGUUGAAUAAUCGCAUUUUUUUCUCUUUUUUUAGCUGGCUAACAA